CUAAUUUUGACAAUUAUUGUAAAAAAAAUGUGAAUUGUGUUUUUAUUUUCGUCUUAAUAAAAUAAUAAAAUAAAAUAUAUUCUGGUAUAACUGUCUGAUUAUACACUAGUAUAUAAAAUAAAAUAAAAUUAGAAACAUGUCUGCACUACAGAAAACCAUAAUGAAGAGUAAAUUGCCGCCCCGUUGUCCAAAAUCAGCAAGUGGAAAACUGGCUCCAUUCGGAAUGGCCCGUCGCAAGGAUUAUAGCCCUGUGCCGUGGCAGCAGUACUUUGAGAAGUAUGUGGAUGCGGAGACAGAGAGCGGAAGGUUCAGGGUAUAUUUGUCACCAGAGCCGGACCACUCAAGCAGGCCUCGGUUGGUGACAUUGCAUGGUGGAGGGUAUUCUGGAUUGAGCUGGGCACUUUUCACAGAAGAAAUAACGAACAUGAUCCACUGCCAAGUGAUCUCUAUGGACAUCAGAGGGCACGGUGAAACACAGGCUGACAACCCGGACGAUCUUAGCGCUGAUACUUUAGUAAAGGAUGUAGAACAAGUUCUACACAAGCUGUUUGGCGAUGAAUUACCUCCCAUAGUCCUAGUGGGGCACUCCAUGGGUGGCGCUGUGGCGGUCCGGGCGGCAUUACUCCCGUCAUUGGAGCCCUACGUCCACGGUAUCGCUGUCAUUGAUGUCGUCGAAGGCACGGCGAUGGACGCGCUGGCCAGCAUGCAGAGCUUCCUCCGCGGCCGCCCCACGCACUUCCGCAGCAUCGAGCACGCCGUCGAGUGGUGCGUUAGAAGUGGCCAAGUGAGGAAUGUGGAUUCCGCCAAGGUGUCAAUGCCCAGCCAAAUCCUCAACUGUGAAACAAAUCUUCUGGCCACGAACGAGCUGGCGACGCACACGCCGGAGUCGCCGCACGCGCCGGCGCCCAUGAGCCUGCCGCCGGCCGCCGACUGCAUCGCCGAGGAGCCCGAGGACGCCGACGCCGACGACCACGCCGACGCCGACGCCGACAUGAACGCCGACGCCGACUUCGCGCCGCCGCCGAUCGCGCUGCCCACGCGCGGCGACGGAGACACUAAUAUGAGGUACAAAUGGCGCAUCGACCUGUCUAAGACGGAGCGCUACUGGUCGGGCUGGUUCCAGGGGCUCUCGGCGCGCUUCCUGUCCGUGCGAGCCCCGCGGCUCCUCCUGCUGGCCUCUAUCGAGGGGCUGGACCGGGAGCUCACCAUCGGACAGAUGCAAGGCAAGUUCCAGAUGCAGGUGCUGACGCGAUGCGGACACGCGGUGCACGAGGACACACCCGGUGAGGUGGCACGCGUGAUCGCCGCAUUCCUGCUGCGGCACCGCGUCACGGAGGCCACGGAGGCCGGCGAGGACAUGCAGCUCGCCUCCACGCCCGGCUGCUGAGCCCAGCGCGGCCUCCCCCGGCCUCCCCCGGCCUCGCCAGCCGGCACGGCCUCACACCAAGACACGAGGCCACUCUAAAAGUCUUUGGGGAUCUUUUGCUCACUCCCUUCUAGCUAUUUAAAUUAUUUCAACUAAAGUAUUAAAAAAAAUAGCAAUAAACCUCCCACUGGGUGAACUACUCCAAUUUGGAUUCCUCAAAUCAAAAUUUAUUAAAAAAUUGUCGAGUUCAAUAUUAGUGGGGCCAAUAUUUAUUCACUUAGCGAGUACUAAAUGGCAACGUUGUAACAGGUUUAAAUUACCAUUAAAAAAACGAAAUAUGUAACUCAAACCACCUCAAGAAUAUUUUUUUCUAAAUAUCAAUUCUCUAGUUCGAUACAUCACUACGGGGUAAAAAAUUAUCAUAAACCUAAUUAAUUAUUGUAUGAAGUAUUUAAUAGCGCAGUCAGCUGUCAUCCUUUGGAGAACCAUAUAUUUCAUUCAACCAUUAUUAUCAAACCAUUCAUAAAAGCACGGUUUACACGAUUUGAUUCAAUCGGUCCCUGAACCAAUAGCUGCAAUGCGUGCCAAAUAAAAUUAAAUACACAAACAACUGGCUCAAUCGUCUUUAGCUAACAAUACUGAUAGCCUUUUUAUAGGAAUUGCAUUUUAAUUUUUAUAAAUUAAGUAGAAUUGAAAGGUCGAAUAGUGAAUUAUUGAUAAUUUUGAUAAAAGUCUGACUUAAACAACACACUCAUCUGGGUUCUUUUCUACGUCAGUAACGUAAAAAGGGUAGGUGGUAUAUUUUGCUUACAUUAAAUUUUGGGUAUUUAAUAGGUUUAUAAGUAAAUUUAAAUUAUUUUUACAUAGCAACACAAGUAUAUAAUAUAGCUCAGUCACAAACUUAAUAAAUCGCAAAGAAAAUAAUUUAAGAUAAAAAUCUGAACUGUUCUGUACAUAAAUGGAAUUUCACGCAUAUCAUUAAUUUAUUUAUUGCAUGUACUUAAAAUAUGUUUAUUUUGAUUUAUUGGUCCACGGCGUAGCGUUCAAAACAAAUUUAUAGUAUUUUAUUGAGAUUUCUAAAUAUAACGCUAUCUGUGAAAUAAUUUAGAAGAACAAAUAAGUUAUCCUCAUGUAAGUAACCACUAGGGCUAAGAUGGUCGGUUUUUUAUUAUCUUUCAUCAUGCCUGUCACGUUCUAACAAGUUCGUAAGUGCGAAAGUGACGCAUGAUAUGACAAGUGAUAAAAAUGCGACCAUGAUACCGCCGCAGGAAAUGAAAUAUGUGUAUUAAUCAACAUUAUUUUGCGGUUUAGUUUUCAUCAUUCAUCAUUCGCUUACACUUGCCCCAUUCACUCGGGGUCGGCGCAGCAAAUAUAUUUCUUCCAUACCUAUUCUUCCGUUUAAUUUAUAUUUCAUUCAUGUAAUAAUUACGCAAAAUACUGAUACAA